AUGGGACAGGCUGUCCCGGACAGUUGUGUUACCGAGCGGGAGUUUCGCUACAGUACCCUUGCUGCUGUCAAUCACUUCCAUCUUUCUGCAGUUGUCAGUGCGGCCCGCGAUGUCAUCAGUUGCUGUAUCGCCUGCCGCCUGGCCUAUGCUGUUCGAGGAUGGCAUUCCCCUCCCGGCUAUGGCGAUGGCGAGCUUACCGCCGAAGAGAUGUCCAAGUAUCCUCCUUAUACCUUCGCCACUGCCGAUGUGAUUGCGCUUGGUGAGGGCAUUAAAGCCGUCAGUGUUCAGUGCCGGUUUACGAGGCAUUGUAUAUGGCGCGAUCUACCCUCUGGUGUUGAGUCGACGGCCAAUGUGGUCUCUACCCUGAUGCGCAUCCAGGCGAUCACUGGUGGUAUGAAGAUUUUAUGGGUCGACUGUGCAUCCUACUUCCGUAGUCGCGAGUUCAGAGAGAGCUCUUGGACUAAGCUUUCUGCUGAGGUGCGACUACUGCCUCGUCCUGCUCCCUGGACCGGUAGCCAUGAGCGUCACCAUCGCUCUAUGUUGAACUACCUUCGCAACAUCACCCGCAACAGCGCUGGCCGUGUGAGGUUACUGUCCCCUAUCGACCGAGAAACUCUCUAUGAUCGAGUUGCUCUUACUCACAAUACCAUGCCGUUAGGGGGGUAUAUCGUGUGUGGUCCGGAGUUGCGCUACUUAUGCCCAGAUCUUCUAGCCUACGGCCAUGUCCGAACUCUUGGUGCUUCGGCGGUCAUCAAGGUUGAGGUUCCCCAGUUGCCCUACCGAAUCUGUCGGCAGACUAGGCAAGUUUAUCUUUCCGAGGUCUGGUCGCGUAUCAAGAAGACCAAUGCGGAUGUUUGCCCACGACUGCGUGCUGGUUACGGUGAUCUGGAUCCCGGUCGUACGGUUCUGGUCUAUGUCCCUACUCCUCGCAAGCUCGCUCAGCCUUUCGUCAUCGCCCACGUCGUACAGCGCAUUAACAACCGUGUGGAGGUCGUACACCCUACUGGAGCCCGCACUAAGGAGCAUUGCUACAAUGUGGUUCCUUUAUCUCGACAUCCUACAGACUACACUACUCGCGAGCAGGGUCCCAGUCUUAUCGAUCUACGGCUUCGAGUGUGGGUUAUUGACGCUUCUGGACAAGGCGAGUGGUAUGAAGGUCAGGUGGUUGAUCAGUCGGGCUUGAUGGAGGUUCUGGUGCGCUGGUCUAAUGGUGAUCCAGAAGAAUGGCUGGACCUUGAAACUGAGAACUGGUCCCCUUUGUUCGAUGACGGUGACAUCUCACCGUAG